AUGGUGUCCGACUCUGAGUUAAUUGGCAGGCUGCGGGAGUUCCUCAAGAAUUCGGACCUCGAGACCACAACCACCACAAUCGUCCGGCGGAAGCUGGAGGAAGAUUUCGGGGUGGAUUUGUCCGAUAAGAAGGGUUUCAUCAGGGAGCAGGUCGACCUGUUCCUGGAAUCGCAGUUCGAGGAGCAGGCGGCCGGUGACGCAGGCGGCAAUGAAGACGAAGGAGAAGGGAGCGCCGCCGAUGAUGGGAAAUCGGAGGGGAACGAGGGCGAUGAAGUGGAGGAAGACGAGGAGGAGGAAGUAGAAGAAGCAGUGAGAAGAUCGAGUAAGCGGAAGACUCGAGCCAAAGGCAGGUCUAGGAAGCAACCUGAAGAAGGCAAAAAGAGAGGAGGGGGUGGUUUUACCAAAUUGUGCCGCCUGUCUCCUCAACUUGAGGAGUUUCUUGGGGCUCCUGAAAUGGCUAGAACAGAGGUGGUCAAACAAUUAUGGGCUUACAUCAAAGAGAAAGAGUUGCAAGACCCGAGUAAUAAGAGAAACAUACUCUGUGAUGAACCAUUGCGUGCAAUUUUUAGUGUCGACUCAAUCAACAUGUUUCAAAUGAAUAAAGCCCUCACGAAACACAUUUGGCCAUUGGAUUCAGAUGAUGUAAUUCCAGUCAAGACAGCUACACAGAAGGAAAAGCAAAAGAAGCAAGAGAGUGAAGAAGAACCAGAUGAUCCAGGAAGGAAAGAGAAGCGACAGAAAACCGGAAACAAAGGAUUUAUGGCCCCUCUUCAGCUCUCGGAUCCCCUAGUGAAGUUCCUUGGUACCGGCGAAAAUGCACUGUCUCGAUCCGAGGUCAUCAAGAGAAUGUGGGACUACAUAAAGCAGAAUAACCUGCAGGAUCCAUCCGAUAAGAGGAAAAUACUAUGCGACGAGAAGCUGAAAGAACUGUUUGAUGUCGAUUCCUUCGUCGGCUUCACAGUUACAAAACUCCUAUCCGCUCAUUUCGUGAAGAGCUGA